AUGCGGAUGAACAUCGAUCAGUACUCUGAACCAAUGCACAAGGUGUCCAUAAUGGAUUCCUCAAGUACGAAGAGAGUUGUUCUGGUGGGAUGCAACUACCCUAAGACCCAAUUCAGCUUGCAUGGAUGCAUCAAUGAUGUGAAAACCAUAACAGAUGUGAUCCUGAGCGAUGUUUAUGUCCUCAUCGAUGUGCUAGGGUCGUCGAUUCCACCUACUGGUGCAAACAUUAAGGAUGCACUUAAUAGAAUGGUGAAAAAGGCUAAACCAGGAUCAGGAGAUGUCCUAUUUUUCUACUUCAGUGGACAUGGAACACGCAUUCCAAUCUUUCAACCUGGCCAGCCUUUCAAGCAUGAAGAAGCAAUCGCGGCUUGUGAUUUAAAUCUUGUCACUGACGUGGACUUCAAGCGUUUAGUUAACCGACUACCAGAAGGAGCAAGCUUCACAAUCCUAUCAGAUUCGUGCCACAGUGGUGGUCUCAUUGAAAAAGAGAAAGAACAAUUAGGUGCUGAGCAUACGACAACACCACUAAAUACCGACAAGCCUAAACCUUCUCAGGCUAAGGCUAAGGGUCUUCCUUUUUAUAUCAUACAUAGUGGGAUAGAUACAGCAGCAGACAUCCUACACGACGCAGCAAACGUUGGUCAAAAGAUUUUCGGAAUCUUCGGGAAAGAUAUGAGUCUCAAAUUCCAUCCUCACAAUGGAGAUGGGUUAAUGGAGUUGGAUCCACUGGAGGAGGAUGAAGGGAUUUUAUUAACCUUUGGGGCGUUCACCCUUGCAGUGGUUAGGAUAAUCGAUCAGCACAUGGGUGCUGGAAUAAGCAACAGAAAACUAAUGGCUGAGGCUGCCAUGAUUUUGAAGGACAAUGGAUACGAGCAGAACCCUUGCCUUUAUUGCAGUGAUGGGAAUACAAAUGCAGCUUUCUUGGGUGGCUUUGCUUAA